AUGUUAAGAGACACAAUUAAUAAAGAAUCUGAACUCAAUCAAGAUUUAAAGAAAAAUGUGCUUAAUGGCCUUCGAGAGGAAAAACUACUACCAAAAAAUUUAAACGCUAUUGUUGUGAAAAAUAUACUGUCAACCAUAAUUUCAUUUGCUCAAUUUGUAAUAAGUCAGAAUGUCAUCAGAGUUAAAUACCGAGGAAGAAAAGAGCGUCAAGCUUGGUUUAAGAAACAAGUAUAG